AUGUCUGACAUAGAAGAGGAAUAUGAAGAGCAGGAAGAGGAGGAGGUAGAGGAGGAGGAACAGCUACAUCAACAGGUGGAAGAGGAGGAGGAAUAUGAGGAACAACCUGUACAUGAGGAGGAGGAGGAAGAAGAGGAAGAGCAGCAGGAACGUCCCAAACCAAAGCCACUGAUACCUCAAAUUGCUCCACCAAAGAUUCCCGAAGGAGAUAGGGUCGAUUUUGAUGACAUUCACAGAAAGCGAAUGGAGAAAGACAUGCUGGAGCUGCACACGCUGAUUGACGUCCACUUUGAACAGAGGAAGAAGGAUGAGGAGGAGCUUAUUGGACUCAAGGACCGAAUUGAGCGUCGUCGGUCAGAGCGUGCAGAAAUUCAAAGAGUCCGAGCUGAGAAGGAGAAGGACCGACAGAACAGGAUUGCGGAGGAGCGUCAGAGGAAAGAAGAGGAAGAAGCCAAGAAAAAGGCCGAUGAUGAAGCCAAGAAGAAGAAAGUACUAUCUGGCAUGGGUGCCAACUUUGGAGGCUUCCUGGCCAAGGCUGAGUCGAGGAAAGGCAAGCGUAUGACUGGAAGGGAGGUCAAGAAGAAGACACUGGCAGACAGACGUCAACCACUUGGCAUCGAAAGUAUGAGAGAAGACUCCCUCAGACAACGAGCUCAGGAGUUGUGGAACUGGAUCUACCAGCUGGAGUCUGAAAAAUUUGACCACAUGGAGCAUAUGAAGCACCAAAAAUAUGAGAUCAUUGUGCUGCUGAACCGAAUCCAACACGCUCAGAAAUUUAAAAAGGGGCACGGCAAAGGGAAAGUGGGUGGCCGCUGGAAGUAA